ACCAAGAAGAAAUCCCCGGAAGAACUUGAUUCUACUGUAUUAACUAAUCCUUGUACUAAAACUUCCAGUAUCCCCGAAGAUAAAAGUCAAUCUUCAGACAAUAUAGAAAUUACGUGUAGCUCCACUCUUUCACAUUCAAGCCCAAAUCGCCUCAUCAACUCUCCAGAGUCAUCGUCUUCCAAAUCGAAGUCGAGUGCAUCUAAUAAAGAUUUUUCUUUAAAGUUGCAUACCCUAAAUCUCGGCACUUCGAAGUCACUUGUAAAUACUCACGCCUUAGUCUCACCUCCGAAUUCGGAUGCAACUAAUGAACUUCCGCCUGAUUUGGCUAUCUCGGCUUCAGAAAUGGCCAGACUAGAAUCUACAGGGCCUAUGUCGAAAUCCUCUGAUAGUAUUGACCAGCAAGAAGCAGACAAGGCGGUAGAAGCAGGAUCUGGACUUAAGUUAAGUACUCCUUUGCGAAGCCGCUCAAUCUCUUUGGAUAACAGAAUCUUGCAUGAGUUUAUUGCCGCUAAUCAAUCGCUGCUUGGGCCUAACCGACGUGUUGACAACUUUCUUAGCGUAACCGGCGGCCAAAUUGAGGCCCUUAUGCUUGUUCCUUUAUCUCUUCCUGUUGGCAUUAAUGACCAAUCUUCUGACUCUGCCACAAUAGGGUCUGUUUCUAGUUCCAAUCCUUGUUCAAGUUCGCCCGCCUCCCGUAACGAUCUAAGAACUGGCCCACUUAAUAUGUCUUCACCACAAAUUCAACGACUAAACUCAUCUAUGGCACAAAAAGGACUAUCUGUGAAAAAUCUCUCAGGUGUAGAAACCCCAUCUGAUCAAUCUGUACAGACCACCAAUCCCUCGACCUCAUCCCUGGUUUAUAACUUGUCUUCGCUAGCUUAUACCGAGGAUGCAGAAGAAAUGAAAUUUGCACAUAUUCUGAGUCGCCUCUCAGCCACUCUACCAUUAGAUUUUGCAGCUCCACGUGAACUUCCUAUUCUGCAGAAUGCGGAAAAAUAUUCUUCUAUUGUGCUUUCCUUGCGCUGUCAACUAGAUUCCUUCAUUCAAGCCGGCGAGUAUCUCGGUCGUACAUCAGAACUUCUGAGAGUAAGAAUAUAUAGUGUGGGGUUUGUAUGA